CCGGUGACGCUGGGCUUCCUGGGCGCGUACGGCCAGACGCAGGUGGUGCUCGGGGCCCUGCCGCUGGCCGUGCGGACCGUCAACAUGGACCCGCACAUCCUGCCCGGGCGCCAGCUGCAGUACCUGGCCGCCGACAUCGGCACCAACAGCCCGGCCGACGCGGGGCUGCGGCGCCGCGACUCGUCGCUGGCCGCGCUCGCGCUACGCGUCAUGACCGUCAUGCGGGACCGCGGCGCCGUGGCCUUCAUCGGCCCGGACGACACCUGCGGCCCCGAGGCGCUCGUGGCCGCCGCCUGGAACCUGCCCGUCAUCUCCUACAACUGCGCGGACGCCCGCAUGUCGGACAAGCGCGUGUACCACACGUUCGCGCGCACGCUCCCGCCCGCCUCCAAGGUGUCCAAGUCGGUGGUGGCGCUGCUGCGGGCCUUCGGCUGGGGCACCUUCGUCGUGGUGGCCGGCAAGCAGCCCGCCUGGAGCACCGGGGUGAAGGACGCCAUCGAGGAGCUGGCGCGCACGCACGGAUUCGCCAUCUCCGACAUUUGCGAGUUCUCCGACUACAUCCCCCGGCACAUUGAGGAGAUGGAGUCCAUCGUGGAGAAGACGUACGAGACGACGAGAGUGUACGUGUUUGUGGGCGAGCACGUGGCCUUGGUGGACUUCGUGAAGGUGCUGCAUCGGCGGGGGCUGCUGGAGAAGGGCGAGUACGUCGUCAUCUCCGUGGACGACGAGAUCUACGACCCCGCGUCCAAGCACAAAAUUCUCCAGCGGGAGUACAUAGACCCAUUCCUCCGUGACGGGGCCGCGUCCAACGCAGAGGACGCCGAGGGUUUCCGCUCCGUGCUCAAGCUGACCCCGAGUCACCCUCGCAACCCCCAGUUCAAACACAUCUGCGAGGAGAUCAAGAAGUUCUCGACGGGCCCGCCAUUCUGCGUCCCCUACCACCGCCGCAUCUUUGACAGCAUCUCGGUGCCGAUCCACGCCGCCCACCUGUACGACGCCAUCCUCAUCUACGCGCGCGCGCUCACCGAGAUCCUGCACCGCGGCGAGGACCCGCGCAACGGCAGCGCCAUCCUGCAGCACAUCCGGGGCCGCUCUUACGAGUCCGUGCAGGGCUUUGACGUCCUGAUCGACGACAACGGCGACGCGGAGGGCAACUUUAGCGUGGUGGCCGCCCUCCCGGACGACGAGGUACGCGUCAGCAUGCAGCCGGUGGGGUACUUCGUAUACAACAGCGCCAACGACACAGCGCUGCCGGAGUUCCGAUACUUCGACUCUUCGCGGCAGAUCCAGUGGGUGUCGGGCUCGCCGCCCAGGGCCGAGCCGCUGUGCGGCUUUCACGGCGAGCGCUGCACCUACCGCGCCGACUGGAGGCUCAGCCUGCCCGUGGCCGCCGUCGCCGUGCUGCUGGUCGUCGGGGCGGUCUUCGCCCUCAAGCACUACCGCUACGAGCAGAAGCUGGCGUGUCUGCUGUGGAAGGUGGACAGCCGGGACAUCACGCUCAUACCGGCUGGCGGGAACGAGGCGCCCGUCAACAAGAGUAUGGUGUGCCGCCGCAGCAUCCUGCGCCCCGCCGGCCUGGGCAGCCUGGUGGAGCCCGGGGAGGCGAGCGAGCCGCGGGCGCACACGGUCAUCGGCCUGUACAAGGGCAACAUCGUGGCCGUCAAGUACGUGCUCAAGCGCUCGCUCGACCUGACGCGCAGCAUCCGCAAGGAGCUCAAGCAGAUCCGGGAGGUACGCCACGAGAACCUCAUCCCCUUCAUCGGCGCGUGCGUGGACCAGGGCGCGCUCUGCAUCCUGACGGCGUACUGCGCGCGCGGCUCGCUCGAGGACGUGCUCGCCAACGAGGACCUGCACCUCGACAACAUGUUCGUGUCCUCGCUCGUGGCCGACAUCCUCAAGGGUAUGAUCUACCUCCACGAUAGCGACAUUGUGUCUCACGGGAACUUGCGCUCUUCCAACUGCCUGGUGGACUCCCGGUGGGUGCUUCAGAUAUCGGACUUCGGACUGCACGAGUUCAAAGCCGGGCGGGUGGAGCCGGACGCCACGCGACGCGAGCUGCGGCGCUGCCUCUGGCGCGCCCCCGAGCUGCUGCGCGCCGGCGGCUGCCCCGGCCCGCACUGGGGCCACGGCGGCCACCAUAGCGGCCACCACGUCGGCCACGGCAGGGGCACCCAGAAGGGCGACGUGUACUCCUUCGGCAUCCUCCUGUACGAGAUCAUCGGGCGAGCGGGGCCGUGGGGCCGCACGACCCUCCCCGACGAGGAGGUGGUGGCGCGCGUGGUGGCCCCGCCGCUGCCGGGGCAGCAACCCUUCCGACCCGAUCUGCGCGCGCUGGAGGUCGAGGGCACGGCCGAGUACGUGCUGCGCUGCAUGGAGGCCUGCUGGAGCGAGGACCCCGAGCAGCGGCCCGACAUCCGCCUGGUGCGCGUCAAGCUCAAGGAGAUGCAGGCGGGCCUGAAACCCAACAUCUUCGACAACAUGCUGUCGAUCAUGGAGAAGUACGCGUACAACCUGGAGGGCCUUGUGCAGGAACGCACGAACCAGCUCUCGGAGGAGAAGAAGAAGACUGAGGCGCUGCUGCACCGCAUGCUCCCCAAAACUGUGACGGAGGCGCUCAAGCGCGGCGACCCCGUCGAAGCGGAGAGCUUCGAUUGCGUCACCAUCUACUUCAGCGACAUCGUGGGCUUCACGGAGCUGUCGGCCGUGAGCACGCCGCUGCAGGUGGUGGACCUGCUCAACGACCUGUACACGUGCUGCGACUCCAUCAUCUCGCACUACGACGUGUACAAGGUGGAGACGAUCGGCGACGCCUACAUGGUCGCCAGCGGGCUGCCGGUGCGCAACGGCGACCGGCACGCCGGCGAGAUCGCCUCCAUGGCGCUGCGCAUCCUGUCCAGGAUCCGGCGCUUCGAGGUGCGGCACCGGCAGGGCGAGCCGCUGCAGCUCCGCAUCGGCAUCCACUCGGGCCACUGCGUGGCGGGCGUGGUGGGGCUGGCCAUGCCGCGCUACUGCCUGUUCGGCGACACGGUCAACACGGCCUCGCGCAUGGAGUCGUCCGGGCUGCCGCACCGCAUCCACAUCUCCGAGGCGACGCACGCGCUGCUGCAGCGCCUGGGCGGCUACCACUGCGAGGAGCGCGGCGUGAUCCCCGUCAAGGGCAAGGGCAACAUGCGCACCUGGUGGCUGGUCAGCGAGGACCCCGCCCGCCGCAUCGCGCGGCUCGCGGGCGUGGCGGCCGCCCUGCCGCGCCCCGAGUCCCCCGAACGUCUGAGCGAGACGCCCGACCUGCUGCGGAGGCCGGCCGGCGGGGAGACGCUGUCGUCCGAGGACGUGCGGCCGGACGCCAGCGAGCUGCACCGCAGGGCCUUGGAGGACUGGCUGCGGUACGCGCGGGCCGAGAUGUGCGUCGCGUCGGCGCGGAGGUUUACGCACCGGGAGCACCAGUCGGCCCCCGUCGUCACAUUUACCGAAACUACGUCAUAGAUUAUACAGUGUGUCUGCACAGCAGGCUUGCCCUCCUUUCUCUUUGGUCUGCAAUAUUUUGUAUGGCUGCUCUGCCGAAAUGA